GUGCUCCACCAGGUGGGCGUCGAGUGGCCAGAGAUUACGAUUUAUCCGACAUAAGCACUGCAGUCUGGCGCGCGGGCUACGCCGCUACUGGCGAACAGUUGGAAAUAUUUUUUCGGGCGAGAGAAGGAGCGUCGCGUGAUACGUGACCGCGAUAUUAAGGUUAAUCCUGGCCCGUCUGUCAAAGUGGAAUCCCACCAUAAACUUGGUCGACGGCAUGCUUGUCGCGAUUAGUAAUUGAAGUGCUUUCAUCGUCGUUCGCGCGUGUAUCGAGAAACGCGCGGGAAAAGGACGGCCGCCAUGUUGGAGAAGGACGGAGAAAGAAGGAGGGGCGGAGAAGCGCGCCGAGUGGGAGCGAGACGGAGAUACGCAGCUGCGUAGCUAGGAGGGGGGUGCCCCCAGAGCUCGAGGACCGCGAACUUUGUAAUUAGGGAUGAAAGAAUUGUUUGUGGCUACCCUCGCGAUGAUGACGCAGGAGGCCAUUACAAUCUGCAAGAGAUGCAACUCUAGUUACUACGGUAUGCCCAAAAUGUACGACGGGCCACGAAACUCUUUCCAGCUUCGUCAGAGCCUUCCUCUUGUUAGAGACGUCUCCUACUUACCCGAAGAAAACAACGUUGAGGACCAAGAAGAGAAGCAGCAGCCAGAACACCAGGCCGUGAAUAGAGAUAAUAGAAAUUUAUCGUCGGGCUACCGUAAUCUUUGCGAAACCGUUAAGAGAAAAGUGCAGUUGGACGAUACCGAGUACGAGUACCAACCGCCGCAUUAUUACGAGGUCUAUUGUAAGAAUUAUUCUUUCCUCGACAGUAGCCAGCUCGUCAUGAAUCCACCGAAGCAGAAAUGCGUGCACCCUGGAUUUCAUUGCGUGCAAAGAGGUCGACCUCUGUUUCUGGUGAGACGACGCUGGGACAGCGAGUGUUGGGAACCUUUCGUUAAAGAGAUCGCUAGCGGUUGCGACUGCAUGUGGCCAGAGGCUGUUCUCGGAGACAUAACCGAUCAUUAUUCCACGAGUCGGAUUAAGUUAGACCAGGGAUUAACGAUAUAAGAA